AGAUCUGCGUCCCUUGGUCCUCUGGAUCCCAAGCAGAGGUUUAUAAAAACUCCCCAGCCGAUCCCUACGUGCCCUGGGUUGAGAACCACUGCCUCAGGGGGACGGCCCCUCUCCUGUCACCUAGAAGCUCCCACCGCAGGUCAGGGCACCUGAGCCGUGGGACUGGGGAGCGUCUGCCGCGGGUAGGAGAGAAGCACCGUGGCAGGAGGAGGCGCCCAGGCAGCGUUUCUGACGUGUUGACAGUAGCUGGGCCUUCCAUGUCUUCAGUCUUGAGCCAGAAUUCAUGCAGAGACUCUUUUCUGUUAAGGAGACAGCUGGUGGGGGUGAAGUGGGGGCAGAACCACACCUCACACUAAUGUCCUCAGACGUGGCAGUGAGGGACAGUCACCUGAGGUGACUGGGACCACAUGCCUCCUUAAUAUCUUGACUCUACGAAUGGAAAUUUAACAUCAGUUGUGGAAAACACAGAAGAGCACAAAGCGGGGGAAAGUUCUAGAUGCCCACUGCUGCUUAGGGUACCCGCUUCUGUCACCUACUGUUGUCCCUUAAUUUUUAGUAGCUGCAUGAUGUCGACAUGUCUAGUUGAACCAAUCCCCCGAAUUUUUCAAUAUUGUAACACUGGGGCGAGCAUCCUGCAUCAGACUCCAGCACAGUUUCGCACACAGUGUAAACCUGACGUGCGGAGGGGUGUCUUGGUCAUGAGUAGAAGGAUCCGCGGAAGGCUCUCCUGCUCAGACGCACCUUCUCUGCAUACUCUCCCAAUUUUAAGGUGCACUUCUAAUAGCGGGUUUCUAGAAUAUGGACAGAUGUCAUGGCAGUACAGAAACUCAACUCUUGGGUGCUUUUUUCCUCUAACAAGAGGAAUGGCCUGCUAGCUAAUGGGCAGAGAACAAAGGAGCUCCUAAUUCCAGGCAGUCCAGAGCAUAGCAAGAAAGUGUGUCACCUGAAGAUACUUGCAGAUGUGAUCUUUAAUCCUUGAGGAUUCUGGGGAAAUGGGAAAGGUGCCAAAGACAAGAGCGAUGUCCAGGCUGUCAGAAGAAGGCGAGCCCCAAGCUCCCCAGCCCUUGCAGGCUCCCGCGGCAGCCUCUUCUGAAUGCAAAGUGUUUCAGGGUCUGGGAGGGAGCACUCAGCUCUCCAGGAGCACGCUGCAGUGACAGAUGUCCCCCCGGCCCCCGUAGUUUUGCUGAGGCCCUGGUCAAGGCAACCCUGUGGGGUGUAGAGCCGCUCACCUCUGCAGGCGGAAAGAUGGGGAGCUAGAGCAGAGUCUGACCAGUAUCUCAGGAUUCGCUCCCCAGCACACCCCGGACAGUAAACUCCUUAAGGAGGCGUAGGACAGUGCUGGGGAGGGGGCCCCACCAACCUGCUCACUGGCUGCAUGACCUCCGCCACCCCUUCUCCAAGCCUCCGUGCCCCUCGUCCAUGAAAUGGGAGUUCUGGGGCCUCCGUGAGCACAGCGCCUCACACGUGGGAGCCCUAGAGUGACCAGCACAGUGGCUCUCCUCUGCGGCCUGGAGGGGACCCAACUUCUGCCUGGUGAACUGGUGGCCUCCUGAGACUCUGCCCUGUGUGGACUCCAUGAGCUGCAUGUCCUCAUGGCCCGAAUCCAAGUACGGCAGCUGGACUGCAGCUUCUCCUCUCUUCCUGUUUGCUCCCUGCCCCUUCCCCCCACCUGGGCUGCACAAAAGCUGACUGUAAAUAAAUUCCUGGCCUAGUGCUGGGCAGAAAUGGCUGCAAGUGGCCCAGGUUUCAGCAGGGCCUUGGGUGCCUCUCCCUGCCCGGCUUGGAGACGAGCUCACUGGGAAGCCAGGGGAUGCCUAAAUCCUCAGUAUGAUGCCGUGGUGCUAGGAGCAGGACACAACGGGCUGGUGGCUGCGGCGUACCUACAGAGACUGCGGGUGAACACAGCAGUCUUCGAGAGACGCCCUGGUGGGGGUGCAGCUGUCCCAGAGGAGGUCAUCCCAGGGUUUAAGUUCUCCCGAGUGUCCUACCUCCUCAGCCUGCUGAAGGAGGAGAUUUACACUGACCUAGAGCUGAAGAAAUACGGGCUGAAGCUUCAUCUUCGAAACCGCUACUCCUUCACCCCAAUGCCAGAAGAGGGCAUGGGGAGCAAGGUGCCCAGGUCCCUUCUGGGCACAGACAUGGAGGAAAACCAGAAGCAGAUUGCCCAGUUCUCACAGAAAGAUGCCCAGGCCUUUCCCAAAUAUGAGGCGUUCAUGAAUCGGUUGACAUUAGCCAUAGACCCUCUGCUGGACGCUUUCCCCGUGGACAAGGCCUUCCAGAGGGGUUCCCUGCUGCAAAGGCUCCAGUCACUUUCCACGCUCAAGCCCCUGCUGCAGGCAGGUCAUGUGCUGGGAGCCCAGCUGCCCCAGUAUUACCAGGUCCUCACAGCUCCAAUUACAAAGGUGCUGGAUUAGUGGUUUGAGUCCGAGCCUCUAAAAGCCACUCUGGCCACGGAUGCUGUGAUUGGAGCCAUGACAAGUCCCCACACUCCGGGGAGUUGGGUGAGUGCGGGGCAGGGGGUGGGGUAUGUGCUGCUCCAUCACGUGAUGGGGGGCCUGGGGGAGAUGCAGCUAGCCUGGGGCUAUGUCCAGGGCGGCAUGGGUGCCCUCUCUGAUGCCAUCUCAAGCUCAGCCACCGCACACGGAGCAAGCCUCUUCACUGAAAAGACAGUGGCUAAAGUGCUGGUGAGCAAUGAAAGGCGCGUCCAAGGAGUCAUGCUACAAGAUGGCUCGGAGGUGAGGAGCAAAGUGGUGCUGUCAAACACAUCCCCACAGGCCAGCUUCCUGAAGCUGACACCACGAACCUUCUUCCAGGAAUGGUUUCCUAAGGAGUUCGUGGAGAGGAUCUCCCAGCUGGACACCAAGUCACCUGUUACCAAGAUCAACGUGGCUGUCGACAGGCUGCCUGACUUCCUGGCGGCCCCCAGUGCUCCCGGAGGCCAGCCACUGCCCCAUCACCAGUGCCCCAUCCACCUGAACUGUGAAGACACACUCCUCCACCGGGCCUUUGAAGACGCCAUGGAUGGCCUGCCUCCCCACAGGUGGCCUCUGACCGAACUCUGCAUCCCUUCCUCGCUGGACCCCCCCCCCNNNNGCCCCGGCUGCCCUGUCCUCUCCCUCUUCACUCAGUACACGCCCUACACACUGGCUGGAGGCAAGGUGUGGGAUGAGCAGGAGAGAAACGCAUAUGCAGACAAGGUGUUCGACUGCAUCAAGGCCUACGCUCCUGGCUUCAAGGGCUCCAUGAUGGGCAGGGACUUCCUCACACCACCUGAUUUGGAGGGAAUCUUCGGGCUUCCUGGAGGGAACAUCUUCCACUGCGCCAUGACCCUGGACCAGCCCUACUUCGCCCGCCCUGCACCCCCGUACUCCAGCUACCACGGGCCCCUCCAAGACCUGUAUCUCUGCGGAAGUGGUGCCCACCCGGGAGUGGGCGUCAUGGGAGCCGCUGGACGCAAUGCAGCCCACGUCGUCUUCAGAGACCUCAGGAGCACAUCACCCUGAACCGACUCUGACCUUGAGAUUUAAGUCCCCAUUGGGUCAGCGCCCCAGGACAUGGCUGGGGGCCGACAAGCCCUCGUGCUCAAGCCACAUACAGGUUACGUGUGACACUUGUUAACCUUGCACCCCUGACUUCCUGGAUG